AUGACGGCAAACCCAACUCUGCCAUUCGUGUGUACCCCGCUUGAUCAUCAAGCGCGACCUCAACUCCCCUUCCGAUGGGCGUUCCGGUUCCCGACCCAUGCUCGAUGGGAGAAGACCCCACUCCCUAGGAAGGGCCAGGAGCUGGACCUGGUCGGCAAGGUUGUCGACAGGCGUGAAGACGGGGUGUUCGUCCUUGAGCCGUUCAAUGUGGUAUUCACCACGCGCUCGGCUCCCAACAGGACUCCCCCAUCGUCAGCAGACAAGAGGGCGGCGAAGCGACAGAAGUUGGUCGCGCCCCAAGGUGCCUCGGCUUCUUCGUUUGAUCCCAACGACGGGGAUAACCUCUUGGCGGGCCGCCGAUGCUUCCAAUGA